GAAAUAUUGGGAAUUUUGGUGAUAAUCCGUACUGUCGUUUGUUAACAGAGAAAAUGAAUUUCUGUAUACAUUUACGAACUUUUUUAUACGGUCUUAAAGUGACUCACUGCACCUUAUGGAGGUCUGAUAAAUGGACCAUGGCCGGCUCCGGGAGAGAUUGCUGCAUGAAAGGAGGCCUGAAUGGGAGUAUGAGCAUGACAAGAGGCGAUACGAGCCGUACGAGAGAGCGGCGAUACGACCGCCGGCCCGAGCGAUACGACCGCCCCCGCCGCAGGAACGGCUACGUCUACGAGGACAUCUACUCCGACUUCGACGAGGCACAAGGUCGCCUGUCCUUAUUCAGGCCGAUACGACCCGAAUACCUUCACCUGCCCUCGGCGUAUGACAUCAAAUACAAUUCCCUACCGCGCAAUUACUAUAAUUACGACACGCGAAGGUACAAGAAAGAUUAUUACGAUUUUCGAAUCGAGCAUGAGAAUCGAGCACGGAACUACGAAUAUAGGCAGAAACCUAAACCAACGGAAACAAAAACGGUUUUGAAUGAAAUUCAAAAUUCGAAGCCGAAGAACGUGGCGGUGUGCAAACCGUUGCGUUUGAAUGAAAAGAACGCGCGCUAUUGGACGACGGACCCGCCCGAGCGGCGGACGCGCACGCGGAAACCCGACGAAGCGAAGAAGAACGUGAAGUUCUCUGAAGUGUCGGGUUGUAAUCGCAAGAUGGUUGUCGACGAUCCGAUAGUGGGACGGAAAGUGGUGCCCGUGCGGGAGCUGGAAGUUUCUCUCGAUCAGAUGAUACAGAACGGGUACUUCGAGAAGCACAACAUCCCGAUAUCGCGUCCGUUGAAGGCCGAACCGCCGAUAGCGGCGGCGCGCGUGCCAAACGGGAAGUGCCUAUCGGGCGGGAAGGAAGCGCCGCCGCCGCGCAAGACGAGGCAUUUGCCACAG